AUGAAUAUCCCAAGCUAUCGAUCGAGUCUGUCUUCGUACCCCGAUCCACAAAAUUUCUCCUCUUCUAUUGCACCAAUGCCGCCGCCACCGCCAUCCAAAGCUCUGCUUGAAGGGUAUAGAAAUGUCCUUGACUCGAACGAAGAUGAGGCCCCCAGGUACAACCCGCUCAACUACUCGCACCCUCGGAGCUCCGUCCUCCUAAACGCUAGCGAUCCGGUUGCCAUGCAUCUGCUGGCGGAGACUGCCCUGACAGACAGUAUGCAGUUCGAGGUCCUGUCGUUUGAAGAGGUCGAAGAGCUCAAGAAGGAAUUGCUUCUCUUGUCGAAUCGCAUCGAGGCUUCGAAGCGCAAAUUGACCCUUGAGAUGAAACUGCAAGAGGCCGCGUUCUCGUUGAGCAAACUAUAUGACUCGAAGAGUAGUAGAAGGGGGAGCUCGGAUACGAGCCCCGAAUCAUCGCCCAAGUCCCACCGCAGACGGAUCAGCUUCUUUGGCCGUCACAGCUUCCAGAAUCGUUCGGACGAGGAGCUCUCACUCAGCGUGCGCCGUUGCGAGGACAUAGCCCAGGAGCUCUGGAAGCUAGAGAGAAGAGCCAGUGAGAUUAGAAGGAGGAUCCUGGAGCAUACCGCCGGAGUUUUGCAGAUGACGCACAAGGGACUCAAGAAGAAAGGCGCCAUCCGGCAGGAAAGAAACAGUGACAUGGCUGAGUUCGAUGAGCGCAGCCUCUACAGGACUCCAGAAUAUCUGGACGAUUUCAAUAGAGGCCAUACUCGCAGGGACUUUCCUACCGUGAUUGCUGUGGAAAGAAAUUCCGUGAGUUUGGUCGCACUACAUGACGCGAAAAGGAGGCUUGAUGAGUCGAACUCUCGUCUGCGGAAUAUGAUACUUCGGGCUAAUCCCGACCAAGAUGUUGACUAUAUCCAGGAAAACUCCAAUGGAGCCCCUGCUGAUCCAAUUAUUGCUGUACAAACAAGCCUCGACACCCUAGACAGGGGCUUAGAAUCAAUGGCCAUUCAUCAAGACAACAUGCCUCAGGAGACGGGAGGUUUGGCAUCCGAAGCCGAGAGACGGUUAGAUAAAAUUAACAAGCGACUUGAUACUAUUCUAAUCGCCGCGGGUUCAACUCGACCUCAGCUCACACCGCGCACCUCGACGUUCACAAAAUCCCUCAAGGAACAACUCGAUUACCUUGACCAGGUCGUCGAGGAUGCAGAUAAGCGAGUCGAAAACCUCACAGACCAAAAAACAAUCUUAACCACCCAAAUUCAACAACAAAGAGAACUCAAUUGCAAGUCCGAUGCAGAGCGGGACGCCCACAUAGCUGACCUUACGGAAGAGAUUGUAAUUCUGCGAAAAGAUCUGGACCGCUCGCGAAAAGAAACCAGCGCCUUGAAGCAGGAACUAGAUGACGCACGCCAGGAAUCUUUUGUUCGGGAACAGGGACAGUUCGCCGGUGAAUCCUCAACUAUUCUCGCAGAGAAAGAAGCGAGGCAAGAAGCAGAGAUGAGACUGGCUAUGAAAGAAAACGAAAUUGCGAACCUCGAAAACAGUCUACACAAAUUCACGCAGGAGCUAGAAGACAGGGAACAAAUUUUAGCGUCCAAAGAAAACCAAAUUGCUAGUUUCGAAGAGUAUCGAAACAGGGUCAAGGAUGACUUGGACGCAGCUGAACGGGAGCAAGCCGCUAAAGAAGAUCAGAUCGCAAGUUUGCAGAGUACAAUCCAACAAUUACGCUCUGAGAAAGAGCUUGAAAUGGAAAACGCCCGGCAAGCAGGGGGAGACUCUAGACAGGAGCUGCAGAAGCUCCAGUCCGAUUAUGCUGAGCUAGAGAGUGAAUUGGUUAGGAUCCAAACCGAGCUCACGAUGGCUCGAGCCGAACUUGAUGGCGCUUAUGGAAGUCGGGCGGAACGUGCAGCACAGGUUGCCGCUAAUCCGGCCAUUCAGAAAGAAAUGGAUGAAUUGAAACAACGUAAUAUGAGCCUUACUGAAGAGCUCGCGCGCUGUUAA